AGUAUUAUAAUAUCCCGAUAUCUCUUGUAUGAGGGGUUUUAAAUCAAACAUGAAAAGACAAAAAAGUGUAUUAACCUUCAAGUUUCUAACUAUUCAGAUUGAAAACACCAUAAAGAGGAAAAAAAAAAAAAUGUUCUUUUCCUAGAUUAGACAAUGACUAAUAAUACUAUAAUUGCUAUUUUGGAAAAGAAAAAUGAGGUGGCGAGAAAAAAACAGAGCAUCCGCGCAAGGGUUGAGGGAGGAGAUGAUAAAAAGAAGGCAGGAGGGAAAGAGAAAGAAAGAUUGAAAGAUGGUUGUGCCACGUGGGACAUACCUGGCGUACAGCCUUGGCAUCAUUCCAAUAAAAUUCCCCAUUUUUCUCCUUUGCCUGUGGCACUCGUCUUCCUCCUCUUUCACCUUCACCAAUUCUCUUUUCCCCAAUUUUUCUUUACUUUUUUUUUUCUCUCUUUAGAUCAACCCCAUAUUAUCAUCAUUCUUCCUUUUAUGGGAAAAUAGCCUCAUCCAAUCAAGCAGUGAGAGAAAACAGAAAAAAAGUUUCAUUUUUUUUUUACAAUACCCAAUUUUCAGUGUUUUUUUUUUAACUUUGGAUUUAAUUUAUUUCUAACUAAAGCUGAUUUGGGUUUCUUUUAUUGAAUCUGGAAACCGCUAAAUUUGGAAGCUUUGCUGGUUUUUGUUUCAGCUGUUGAUGAAUUUAGUUGAGUGGUAGCUUUUUUGUUUGCUUAGUUGGAGUCAGUUUAGUUUAUCCUUUCUUUGGCUUUCUGCGUGUUUGAGAAUUUGAGAGAUUUGAUGAUUUCUGGUACUCUCUCUGGGUUACCAGAUGGAGAAUCAAUCUGUUCCUGGUGUUAAUUAGUGAACUUGUAUAUUGGUUUCCAUUUUGGGUAGAGUUUUUGACACAGUUGAAUUACAUGGUGUGAGCUAAGAACCUUCCCAUGUGUAAUAAAGGAAUAGUUGAUAAUCAAGAGAAGCAUAGUAAUCAAGCUGUGUAUUUGAUGGAUUCAUCUUCAUCAACCCCGGCAUCCUCCUCCAUCCCUAGUUCCAAUGAUGAAACCCCGCGUGUAAAAUUCUUGUGCAGCUUCUUAGGCAGCAUUUUGCCUCGACCCCAAGAUGGGAAAUUGAGGUAUGUUGGUGGAGAAACGCGAAUUGUAAGCGUGCCAAUGGAUAUUAGAUAUGAGGAGUUGAUGAGUAAGAUGAGGGAGCUUUAUGAUGGGGCAGCGGUGUUGAAAUAUCAGCAGCCAGAUGAGGAUCUUGAUGCUUUAGUGUCAGUUGUGAAUGAUGAUGAUGUGACUAACAUGAUGGAAGAGUAUGAGAAGUUGGGUUCGGGCGAUGGGUUUACUAGGCUUAGGAUUUUUCUGUUUUCGCAUCCUGACCAAGAUGGUUCAUCACACUAUGUUGAUGGGGAUGAGAGGGAGACUGAGAGAAGGUAUGUGGACGCUUUGAACAGUUUAAAUGAGGGUUCUGAUUUUAGCAAGUGUGACUCUCCUGCGAUGGCUUCAGUUGAUGAUAUUUAUUUAGCAGAACAGUUCUUUAACAGCAUGAGCAUUGAUGAUGGCCUUCAUAGCCAGAGGAGUGGUGAGAUGUUGGUGCCACCAUUUAACUUGCAUCAUCUUACUAUUCCUCAUAUGGGGUCUUUGCAGUUCCAGCAACCAGUUCCUCAGAGGUACAAUGAAAUGGAAGGUCCAUGGAGUCCUGCUUACUAUUCUCCUAGGCACCAUGGACACCAUGAUGCCAGAACGCUAUCAGAGUUUCCACCUUCACCAUCUUCUUCUCAUUACCGAGUUCCAUUUCCAGAAUUACCAGACAAAUGCUUGGAUAGAAUGCCUGAAGAAUAUAUGCGGCAGCAAUUAAAUCAUCAUCCCCAAUAUGAACACCAGCCACAGUUUUCAGAUAAUGUAGUAUGGAUGCCAACCGGAGUUAUUUCUGGGGAUAAGACUAGUAGUUUUCCUGGUAACAUACUUCAUGGUCAUGGUAUUUUUGAAGGGAACAACAUCUGCGAGCACUGCAGGGCUACUUUCUGCAGAAAUCAACCACCACAUUUGGAGCAUCCCAACAUGGGAAAUGGAGUUCCUCAGGUUAAUAAUCCAUGUACUGAAUGCCCCCCAAACCGGGAAGCUUUCAUGCUGAAUGCAGAUGGGAAAUUGGAUCAUGGGUUUUAUUCCAAAGAUCAAACUGAUCCCUGUUCUGCUUAUGGUGAGACACACAGUCGUGAAAGAGGAUGGGUUUUGCAGCACCGAUUGAACCCUCGUGUUGAGGAAGCGAGAAAUCAUUCACCUGGAGCUGGAGGAUUGAAUGACCACUAUGUUCUAGAUGGUGCUGGCAUGAAUUUACCUCUUGGGCAUGCUAGUUUAACUGAUGGCCAUCAUCUGCCCUCAAACUUUGUUCAUUACCAAACUGGAUCUGAAUUGGGGAAUGAAGUGUUUCCGGGUCAAGCUGUGGUUGCUUCAUCCCACCUGCACAUUUCUCCUGAAGAAUAUGGAGUACGCUAUGGGAAUUAUCCUUACCCAUAUGUAGGAGAUAAUGUUUACCAAGCAUCACAUGGACAUGUCCACGUACAGUCUUUAUGGAGAAACGUUCAGAACCCAAUUCAUGGUGGGCCUGCUUAUGAAGCAUCUGGCUUACCCCCCCAGCAAGUAAAUGGUGCAGUUAACUCUGCAUUUUUGAAGGGCCUGGCAGAAGGUAGUGCAAGGCUUUGUGUUGCAACAGAUAAUCAAAAUCCUUGGGUUGAGUCUUCACAAAAGUUGCUGGGUUUUGAUGGGACUGCUGUUCCAGACAAUGCUUGUGCGCAUCCUCUCAAGGUGAAUGCUGGCCCUCAUGGUCAGGAAACUCAACACUCUGGCACUAUUGAACCAGUUCGAUCCCCACAAGAUAUGCUAAAUUUUGCCACUUCCACAGAACAUGUGCAGUCGCCAGAUCAACCUUCAACUUUAAUUCAUGAUAUAUCUGUUUCCAGUAACAAUCCAAAAUCCCUAGAUGAUUCUAAUGCCACUGGAGCAUUGAGGAUUGAGGAGAAAAUUGCUCCCAUGGAAGAUACAGAAGCAAACCAUGUUGUAAAGAUGGAAAAAUCUGAUGUUCCAAGUAUGUGCUGUCCAGAGCAAAUAAAAAAUACUGAAGAUGAAUCUAAAGUAGCAUCUGUUGAGUCUAGCAUUUCAAAGUGCUUAAAACUUGCUGAAAAGGGUGGUGAGCAGGCAAAACCUGGUGAAAAGGAUCCUAGUGCUGCUGAAAAUUCAAAGCUAUCUGUAAACCGAUUGAGUUUCAUACCAGAGUUUGUUGCUUCAGUUAAAAAAGCAGCUUUAGAAGAGGUUGAAGAAGUGAAAGCCAAAGCUGAAGAUGGUGCCUCUGAGAAGUGUGAUGGAGUUGAAAAAGAAGCUGCUGUAAAUGAAUCUGAAUCAGCGAAUGCCCAUGGGGAGUUGGAAUUGGAUUCUGAUAAUGACAACAUAACCCCUUCCAAAAUUGAGCCAACAAAGGCUGAGGCAGAAGCUAUUUCAAGAGGCUUACAGACAAUAAAAAAUGAUGAUCUAGAGGAGAUCCGAGAAUUAGGCUCUGGGACGUAUGGGGCAGUUUAUCAUGGCAAAUGGAAAGGUUCUGAUGUAGCAAUCAAGAGAAUUAAAGCCAGCUGCUUUGCAGGGAGGCCUUCUGAAAGAGAACGUUUGAUUGCAGAUUUCUGGAAAGAAGCUUUAAUAUUGAGUUCAUUACAUCAUCCGAAUGUUGUUUCUUUCUAUGGUAUAGUUCGUGAUGGUCCUGACGGAUCCUUAGCUACUGUUACCGAAUUCAUGGUUAAUGGAUCCUUGAAGCAGUUUUUACAGAAGAAGGACAGGACUAUUGAUCGUCGUAAGAGACUCAUCAUAGCCAUGGAUGCUGCAUUUGGAAUGGAGUAUUUGCAUGGAAAGAACAUUGUACAUUUUGAUUUGAAAUGUGAAAAUCUGUUGGUAAAUAUGAGAGAUCCACAGCGUCCAGUAUGCAAGAUUGGCGAUUUGGGCUUGUCAAAGGUCAGACAACAGACAUUAGUUUCAGGAGGUGUUCGUGGAACUCUACCCUGGAUGGCACCUGAGCUUUUGAGUGGUAAAAGUAACAUGGUAUCUGAAAAGAUUGAUGUCUACUCUUUCGGGAUCGUUAUGUGGGAGUUACUCACUGGCGAAGAACCUUAUGCAGAUAUGCAUUGUGCUUCUAUAAUUGGGGGAAUUGUAAACAACACUUUACGUCCAAAAAUACCAUCAUGGUGUGAUCCUGAAUGGAAGACUUUGAUGGAAAAGUGUUGGGCCUCUGAUCCUGCAGAGAGACCUUCAUUUUCAGAAGUAUCUCAGAGGCUGAGGAACAUGGCUGCUGCAAUAAAUGUAAAAUAAAGCCAAUCCCGAAACAAGGAUUUCACUUUCUCGCCAUCGUUCUGGGAAAAAGAAAAAUAAGAGGCCCAGUUACUGCAGUUUAAGGUCAUCUACUGGUUAGGCUAAUAAUACACUACUAUGCCUUGGUUCUUCUGUAAUGGAUCUCUUAUAGUACUGCCACGAGUUCUUUCAAGAGUGCAAAUAUAUACACUCUGGGCUGAAUUAUACUCAGGGAGACUACAUAACAUACGGAGAGCCAUGAAAGUUCAAUUGGGAUGUGGGUUUCGCUUCUUACAAUUUAAUCAUAAAUCUUGCGCAAAAUGGUUUUUUAUGAUCAUUAACAGGUUUCAACUUCCCCACUCAGGACUGUUGCUAUUUGGCGUGCAAUGAAGAUGGUGGUACUAUGGCUGAAUGCAUCUAUCAUUUGAGAUGGGACACAGAUUUUUUGAAGAUCUGUAUAUAAGCUUAUGGUAACUUAAGACAAACAUAUUAUUAUUAUUAUUAAACCGAGAAUGUUCGUAUAUAUAUAUAUAUAUAUGGUGUAAAUUGGAUCUCAGAUGUAUAUGAUUAUUUCAAAAGGGUCUUCCCAUUCAAUGAUGAUUGUGGCUGUGUGAAGCUCGAAUGCUUCAGCGCUGCACUUUCCUUAGAUACUAGGAGUUUUGAGAACUUAAAAAGCACUAUUCCAUUUAAAAUAUCCAAAUGUUUGCUCUGUAAAAACCAAUCUAACAUUGAAUUAUUAUGUGCAGUUCU